GGAGACUGCAAUCAGACGCACGUGACCAAGCUCGAUCAAUCUGACGUCGCCAUUUGACGGUUGCGAACAAACUGAACAAGAUAUCAAACACAUCCGCUGCGGACUCACAGAGGCUUACCGUGGAGCAUCCGAACAUAAUACGAGGGGAUAUUAUAUGCUUAAAUCCUUCUCUUUGCGCUCUUUAAACAAAUAGAUAACAUAUAAUUACCCGUCCGCUCCCCGCUCCCUUGACUCAAACAACCACCAAGCUUCAACAUCCUCACAUCUUUGCUCACCCGCCAUGGACGACUCGGAUAACCGUCUUUUCCGCUUCACAAAGCCACAAUGGCUAAGUAGCGCCAACGCGCGCACGGCUGGAAUCUACGCCUCCGGCGCUCUGUUCUCCCUCGGUUUCUUCUUUCUCGUCGAUGCCGCCGCCUACUCCCGCAGCUACGGCGGCCUCGUCCACGUGAAGUUCGUCGACUGGAUUCCAGGCAUUUGCUCUGCGCUGGGCAUGCUGGUGAUAAACUCCAUCGAGAAGUCGCGGUUGAGUGCGGAUUCGUACAGCUAUUCCGGGAAUGGGGUUGCGUGGAAGGCACGCUUUGUGCUGUUUUUGGGCUUUGCGUUGUUGGCUGGGGGGUUGGCGGGGAGUGUGACUGUGCUUGUUCUUAAAUACGUUAUUAAGGACUAUCCGCUGAAAACGGUAUACUUUGGGAUUGCUAAUGUUAUCGCUAAUUCCUUGAUCAUGAUGAGCUCCGCUGUGCUAUGGGUAUCGCAGAAUAUGGAAGAGGAUUACACAUACAGCCUGACGUUGUAGGAUGCCGUCGAGAUCACGGUACAGGCAACCGUUUUAUGUCUUCCUGGAGAGCUUUUGAUCGCGAUUAAAUCCUUUCUCGUAUUUCAGCUACCAUAUGUCCCUCUUUUCUUCCCCUUGUCACGUAAUUCUCGUUCUUUUGGGCCCGAAUGAUUUGGUCGUUUCACGCGAGUUGUUCCGGCGUCUGUGGUGCGAUCUUUAAGAUUUUCUUUUGACCUGGAGAGCGCUUAUCCUAUCCCGUUAUUGUUGUCAUUAUUUUAUCCUUAUGACUCGGACUUUAGUUCAAUGUAUGAAUCCAUCCCUUAAUUGACAUAUUUUUUAUUUUAUUUUAUGGCGUGCUAGAUAGCGGUGCGGCAAUACGACAUUAUGCAUUUAUCAUACGAUCAAACACCCUGUUUGAAUGCCACACGUAGGUCAUGAUAGACAGACGGACGUAUAUAAUAAAUAUAAUAGAGAAAGCAAGAACUUUAACUAUCCAUUUUUUUAUCCCGCGAAACGCCAAUGUAUAUAUCCUAACCCAUGCACAUAAAAUCAUACAACCAAUGAAAAAACUCAUAACCACCUCCCAAGAGGGGGAGGGCAAAAAACAACCCAAUCCUGAUAUAUCUAUGCUGGUUACGCCAAAGCACGUCUCAACCAGUUAACCAACUUAUCCACACCAUCCAUGUCGCUGGCGUCAAAGCCUUCUCCCAACUCCUUCCUUACAUCUUCGGGUAUAUGUCGCAGCAGCUCAUCUAGGGCGGGCUGGUGAUUGCGGAUGGCGGAUGAGAGCGCAUAGACGGCCUUGCGUCGCACGGUGGUCUCCGGGUCGUUCUGUGAGAGGGCGAAGAGGGUCGAGAGAGCUGUGGGGGCUUUGGAGAGGAGCUGUUAU